AUGUCAAUCCAGAAUCUCCAAACUUACGGUAAUUUCUCUUUCUUCGGCACUUUUUUCGCCUUAUUAGGUUCAAGCUUCAACUACUAUUUAACAGAUAAUUUAUCUCUCUGCUGUCUCUCAUUCUCUAGAUCCCUUCUCGGAUGCUUCUAAGGGUACCGAUGAAAUAUCAGCUCAAACCCAACCAAUACACAUCCGCAUACAACAGAGAAAUGGUCGUAAAACUUUGACCACGGUACAAGGAAUCGAAGAAUGCUAUGACAAGAAGAAACUUGUGAAAGCUUUCAAAAAGGUUUGUUCAAACGCUCAUGAUCAUGGCGAGUGUAAAGCAUUUCAACGCUACAUUUCUUAGAGAAAUUGGCGUACUGCAAAUCCGUUCGAUACACUGGCAAUCAGAUCUUAUUUUGACAAGCGUACUUUUACUUUCUACCACAAGAAUAUCGACAAGAAAUCAAUGUACGACUUGCUGAAAUAAAAUUGUCAAAUUUCGAACUAAAUUGAGCCUAAUAGACCCAAAGCAAGUCUUAGCCGCAAGUUGAAGCAUGGAAAUAUGUGUAUUAAUACUUUCAUUUAUUUCGUAGCUCUAUUACGGUCCCUAUGAAGUGUCAGGGACAGGAUGCGAUUCUAUACAAAAUCUAUAACUAAACCUCUUUCCUUGAUUUUCGUGAACUGUUUCUGCACAGUCGCAACUUUUUUUAUGCAUAUUUAAUUUCCUUUCCUUAUACGUUUGAUUUUUGUUUAAAAAAAGAGAAGUUUUUCCUCAAAGUCUUCCGCGGUAAACUACGGUCAUGGUCCAAAAAGAACUGGUUCGAAACUUGGUGCAGAUUUUUGGUCACAAAUAAUUUGUGCCCAGGGCAGUAAUGCAUAGAUCUUCAUAUAAAAAUGCUAAUGAGAUACGUGAAUGAUGCAAUCAAUUGUUUACCAGAAACUUGUCAAUUUUUUAAAGUCUGGUUCAACACAAGCAAUUUACUUUUAUGUUCUAAACUGUACUGUAUUUUUGCUUGUUUCAGAGCAAGACAAUGAAUUGAAAAUAAAGUUUUCAAAUUCAUGUACCAACAUCAUAAGUGAAUUAAUUUGUGAUGGUAAUAGGACUGAGUGGAGUCCAAUUCGGUCUGUAAUCAUACAAGCGAUAACAAAACAGGACAGCCACUUAGUGGGAGUCCAAUUUUUUCAUCACAAGUAUAAUAAUUAUGACAAUAAGUCAUAAUAUGGCUUAGUGUUGUCCAAUUCGGUCCAAUCAGUAACGAUAAUUACAAUUUCCCAGAAAGUAAGAAGAGCCAAGUUAUGAAAGAAGGGGCAAAUUUGCAUUAAAAGAUUGACAGAGUUGGCCUAAAUUGUUUAAUUAUUUGAUUUGUUGAUGUAUAAUACAACUUUGAAUGUGAUUGGUUGAUUUAAAAUGAAACUUGGAAUGUGAUUGGUUGAUUUAAACUACAACUUUCAAUGUGAUUGGCCUAUUGAACUCUUCGAUAACAAACUCUUAUUACAAACCGUCUGACAACAUCUUGGCAAAGGAAUUGGUGGAAAAUAGGAGUUUUUUAAACCACUUGCAAUCAAGGAGAAUGGACUUUAUGGUCAAUUUGAGAAUAGCUUGGAAUUUGUAAAUGUUUUUGAAGUACUUACAAGUGCCCUGAUUGGUUAUAAACCUAGUUUUAUUGGAGUGGUAACCUGUAGAAAAUUAGAACAUGCUGUUGCUUUGUUUUAAGUUUACCGUAGUUAUUCGGUUAUAAGGCGCACUCGGCUAUAGGACGCACCCCCAAUUCGGCAACUUCAUUAUUGCAUGUUUUCAAACUGAAAAUAUCGCUAAAAUACUUGGUUAUAAGGUGCACCGUUGUUUGGGGAGUAAAGAUCGGUCAAGUUUAUUGUAAAUUCUUUCAUAAACUUACAAAAAAGCGAAAAAGUCACGUAUUGAUUUUAAUUUACCUUUAAUUUACCGUUAAUUAACAAAAGCAGAAUUGUCGCACACGCGACCACGCGCACAAACAAAAAAAAUUACUGAGCACGUGCUUUCGAGCACAUAUCAUAUCUAUGCAAAUUUGACUUCGCUCGUCUUUUCAGAACCACCAUAUUUAUAAAAGUCAAUGUCCAACACUGUGUCCUUUUAUUUGCUUGAAAUCGUACCAGUAACUGUGAUAAAAAAAAAAUUGUUUCGGGAAAAUAUUCGCCUAUAAGACGCACCCAAACUUUGGCGGUAAUUUUUAGUAGAAAUUAGGAAUUUCUUGAAAAAAACGGUGUGCCCUAUAACUGAAUAACUACGGUAUUUUAUAGAGCAAGAGACCAUAAUUACUAUUGGUUAACUGGAAUAAUAACCCACUUGGGAUGUUUCAAGAACUGGAGUAAAGUGAAAAAAUCACUCACCCCAUGUACAUGCUUUACAAUUGUGUAUUGAUUGUGACAUUUCAAAUGCUAUAUGGCCAGUCUUUGUUAGAUGACGAGGUUGAAAUUUUAUUUGUCACUAUUUUAGGCACCUUGGUUUGAUGUUAUUGGUUGGUUAUGGCACGCUGUCAAUAGUGCAUUUUGAUCCUCAUUGUUAUUCUGAGUAGUAGACAUUGUUUCCCCUAUAGGUUCACUUUGUUACUGAUCAGCUAUCAUGCUUUUUGAUAGUAGGCAUUCAUGUGUAAGGAAUUUCAAUUCUGUUAUCUCUAUUGAUGUUAUUAGGAAUAAAUCUAAUGUGGCUGGCUUCUUUAACCUUUCAUGUGUUACUGGGAGAGUCAUAAUCUAUGUACCUAACUUGGUCCUAAACAGGAACCUGUCUUGUUUCAUUGGGUGUGUUCUAAAACCACCAUAUUCUGAAUGCAAGCAAGCUGUAGCAUGAAAGUGCUGUAGAUAGUGGUAACUACCCUUGAAACAAUGAGGGCCAUGUGUUCAAUAUUUUUCCUUUUUUUGCCUUUGCAGGAAUUCAACUGCAAUGGAACAGUUGUUGAAAACUCAGAAUAUGGGGAGGUGAUACAGCUACAAGGUGACCAGCGUCAGAAUAUCAGUGAUUUUCUGAGACAGCUGAAACUGGCUAAACCAGACCAGAUACAUAUGCAUGGUUUCUAG